UGCAGCAUAAAUGCAUUUCGACAGCGUUCUUUUUUUCCGUAAUAAUUGUUUGUUUUUUUAAAUUCAAUCGAAGUGGGCUAUUCUGAAUUACUUAAAAAAAAACGUGUGCCCGUCAGUAUAACUACGUUUACCACAUCGUUUAAUCUUAGUAAUUUUGAAGAAAAAUAAAUGUCCGGAGAAUCCAGCUUUGUACUAUCGAAGGAGUGUGACGACAUGGAUAUAGUUAUGUCUCAAAUAAAGACUGGUGAUUUACAAUUUGACGAUAAUGUCAUUUUGGUCGAAACGAUGAGUGUGAAUGGAGCGACGUCUUUCGCUCAAUCAGAAAGCGAUGACAUGGACGAAAUAAUGUCCCAAAUUGACACAGAAGCAAUGGAACAAGAUCAACGAAUGGACGAAAUGGACCUGAUAAUUUCACAGAUCGAUACUGAAGAAUUGCAACAGGAAAUCGACGACAUAAGUGAUUCGCAAGAAAUUAUUGAUGAGUACACCGCAGCUUUGUCAGAAAUCAGCGAGGAAGUUGUAAAUGAAAUGGGACAAGAGGACGACAUUGAACACGAUAUUCCUCCCGAGUUGAUGGAAGAAUACCAUCGAGCGAUGGACCAAAUAAUUCCGACGAAAUCCGGCAACCGCUAUCAGCAGGCCUACGAUGUGUUCAGAAAGUGGCAGGAAGCGCAUCGCACGAAUAGUUUUGACGAAAAAAUUGUGUUAGCCUAUUUCGGUGCGGCAGCUAAAAAAUAUAAACCGCCAACGCUUUGGAGCAUCUAUUCCAUGCUUAAGAAAACACUGCUUUGUAAGCAUAAUGUGGACUUGGUAAAACACUGUCGGCUACGAGCUUUUCUGAAGAUGAGAUCCGAUGGCUAUGAACCCAAGAAAGCGAACGUGUUUGAAACGGAACAUCUGCGCAAAUUUUUUCUUGAAGCACCCAAUGAUGUCUACUUGGGCAUGAAGGCUGUCAUGAUAUUCGGCCUGUGCAGUGGAUCCAGAGGAUGUGAGCUGACUAAUUUAACAUUGGAUAACGUGAAAGACGACGGCAAAGAAGUUAUCGUGAAAAUACCAAUGACGAAAAUGAAAACGAAAACUGCCAAGCUCUACGUCGUUGGCAACGAUUUUGCAAAGAUCAUUCGCCAAUACCUUGACAUGCGUCCAGCAUCGGUGACAACGGACCGUUUAUUCCUGCAAUGGAGGAAAGGAAAGUGUAUUGCUCAAGUGAUGGGCAAGAACAGUAUUGCUAAGAUACCAAAGGAUGUUGCACGAUUCCUAAAGUUGCCUGAACCGAAUUCGUAUACUGGACAUAGCUACCGUCGGACUACAACGACAGUUGCUGCCAAUGCUGGUUUCACUGUUACGGAGCUUAAACGAUUUAUUGGUUGGAAGUCGGACAGAGUUUGUGAAGGGUACAUUAAAGAUUCUGUCGGUUAUCAACGAAAGUUGUCAAAACGACUUUGCGACGAAAUUUUACCCUCAACAAGCACCGGAGACAUUUCACCACCUUCAUUCGAAGAUUCGGAUCCGCUCACAAUUCCGGUUGUGACCACGAUUCCGGCUUUGCCCACUAUGCCGGUUUUGCCAGCGAUUCCGGUUAUGCCCACAAUUCCGGUUGUGACCACGAAACCGUCCACGAAACCGACCAUUUUGUCGUCCACGAUUCCGGAAGUUCUGCCAUUCAAGGUCCCAGCUGUUCGGCCGUCAACAAAUGUGUCUGUACCGUCCACGAUUCCAGCUGCUGUGCAGUCGCCCAUGUCAAUACAAUUUGACUCUUCUUCUGGACUCACGCUUUCUGGUGCCGGAAAGACUCUUACACUAUCUGGUGUUGAUGGAUCGCAAAAUGCUCUAAAGAAGGAGCCGAAUGUCAUUUAUCAUUUUGGGGGUGACAACAAUUCUUUUACAAUAAUUAACAUGAAAUAACUCCGAACAAUAACUGCUU